UGGACUUUUCGCGAAAAUCGACAAAAAGGAAAGUAGAACAAUAAAUUGUUGUGCACGUGCACAAAAAAGAGGAUAUUUACUGUUAUUUACAAGUUGUACGCGUGAAUCAGCGGUGAAUAAUGACACAAGAAGCGCAUGAACCAACCGACAUUACCCCUGACAAGGAUGGAGGUGUGAUUAAGCAGAUUUUACGUGCCGGGGAAGGAAACGAGAGCCCCGUGCCUGGAGACAAUGUCUCCGUCCACUACGUUGGGUCACUGGACGAUGGAACACAGUUCGACUCGAGUCGUGAUAGAGGCGAACAUUUCAAGUUUGAUCUUGGGAAAGGAUCAGUUAUUAAAGCAUGGGAUUUGGGAAUUGCGACCAUGAAGAAAGGAGAACUGGCCAAGUUCACCUGCAAACCUAAGUAUGCUUAUGGAGAAGCGGGGUCAUUACCCAAGAUACCACCCAAUGCCACCCUUAUCUUUGAAGUGGAGCUUGUUAGUUGGAAAGGUGAAGAUUUGUCAUUGAAAAAUGAUGGAUCCAUCAUCAGACAUAUCACAACAAAAGGAAAAGGAUGGAAAAAUCCAAACGAAGGCGCUUUGGUCAAAGUGCACUAUGUUGGGAGACAUGGAGAAAAUGUUUUUGAGGAUCGGGAGGUGGAGUUUACAGUUGGAGAUGCAGUCAUUUCAAAUGUCAUUGAGGGUUUAGACAUUGCGGUUAAGAGAAUGAAGGAAGGAGAGAAAUGUCGGCUGGACAUCAAGCCCAGUAUGGCAUACGGAUCAAAAGGAAAUCCAGAUCUAGGGGUGCCUCCGGAUGCUGAACUUGUUUAUGAUGUAGAACUACUCAGCUUUGAAAAUGCAAAAGAAAGCUGGGAAAUGGAGCCCCAUGAAAAACUGGAGCAAUCCAUUAUAGCCAAAACAAAGGGAACAAAAUUUUUCAAGGAGGGUAACUACAAAGUAGCCCUGAAGUACUACGAUAAAUGUCAGAAGAAUUUGGAGUUUGAGACGACCCUUAAGGGUGAGGAUGAAGAGAAGCGGAAGGAAAUUAUCGUCCAAGCUCACCUCAACAUGGCCAUGUGUCACCUGAAGAUGGAGCAGUAUGUCAAAGUUCGCGACCACUGUAACAAAGCCCUGGACCUGGACGACAAGUGUGUUAAAGCUUACUUCAGGAGGGGACAGGCCUACUAUGCUGGAAAUGAUUUUGACCUUGCCAGAAGAGACUUUGAAAAAGUGUGUGAGAUAGAGCCGGACAAUAAAGCCGCUAAAAAUCAAGUCAAAAUUUGUGAACAGAAGAUAAAACAGUUUGACAAGAAGGAAAAAGCCAAGUACCAGGGAAUGUUUGAAAAGUUUGCUGCUGAAGAUUCUAAAAAGCCUCAAAAUCGCUUUGUUGAUGGUUUUGAGGAAAUUGGAGAAUGGGAUAAUAAAAUGGCUCAUGGCAUGCUGCCCCUUGAUCAAGAAUGUGAGGCUUUCGGAGAAAAGAUGCCCGAGCGAUGUAAUGUGUCCCAACCCCCUGGGGAUGACUGAGGCUCCAUGUCUGAUGGUGAGAAGGGAGCUGACUCCAAGUAAACAGAGAAGAGCCAAGUCUGUGAGAAUUAUUAGAGGGUGCCAUGUGAGAACAGGACUACAGCAAUAAGAAGCGGGACUGAUAUGAUUUAUCUGUUGUUUUUCUUAUUUCUUUGUUAGUGCCAUCAAUUUGUACUAUAUGUAUGCUAUCGUAAACAAGAGAUAUUUUCAGGAAUAACGUAGAUACAUCAUUAUCGUGCCACUGUUACAGAAGAUACAAAUGAACUGGUUUUACUUUAAAAGCAAAAUAGUGUACAUGUGCACACAAAAUUAUUCAUUUACAAUGUUACUUACACCUAAGAAUGCUACUGUAAGACAGAUAAUUUUUUAAUUGAUAAAUAAAAUGUUUUACGUGA